UCGGUCCUCGCCGCGGGCAGCGGGCAGCGGGUGGCGGAGGCAGCGCGCCGCGGUCCCGAGGAGCCGGGAGCCCCGAGCGCCCGCUCCUCGGCGCAGCAUGUUCCAGCCGGCGCCCAAGCGCUGCUUCACCAUCGAGUCGCUGGUGGCCAAGGACAGUCCCCUGCCCGCCUCGCGCUCUGAGGACCCCAUCCGUCCCGCAGCGCUCAGCUACGCCAACUCCAGCCCCAUAAACCCUUUCCUCAACGGCUUCCACUCGGCCGCUGCCGCCGCCGCCGGCAGAGGCGUCUACUCCAACCCGGACUUGGUGUUCGCCGAGGCGGUCUCGCACCCGCCCAACCCCGCCGUGCCAGUGCACCCGGUGCCGCCGCCGCACGCCCUGGCCGCCCACCCCCUGCCCUCCUCGCACUCGCCACACCCCCUCUUCGCCUCGCAGCAACGGGACCCGUCCACCUUCUAUCCUUGGCUCAUCCACCGGUACCGAUAUCUGGGCCACCGCUUCCAAGGGAACGACACAAGCCCGGAGAGCUUCCUUUUGCACAACGCUCUGGCCCGAAAGCCGAAGCGAAUCCGAACCGCCUUUUCCCCUUCCCAGCUUCUGAGGCUGGAACACGCCUUCGAGAAGAACCACUACGUGGUGGGCGCCGAGAGGAAGCAGCUGGCGCACAGCCUCAGCCUCACGGAAACUCAGGUAAAAGUAUGGUUUCAGAACAGAAGGACGAAGUUCAAAAGGCAGAAGCUGGAGGAAGAAGGCUCAGAUUCGCAACAAAAGAAAAAAGGGACGCACCAUAUUAACCGGUGGAGAAUCGCCACUAAGCAGGCGAGUCCCGAGGAAAUAGACGUGACCUCAGACGAUUAAAAACACAAACAGAACCCCACAGAAACGGACAACACGAAGCAAAACAGAGACAGGGAGAGGAGGGGAAGAAGAAAAAACCUACAAAACAAAAACAAACCGCACACACGCAUUCACGGAGAAGGGGAGAGGGAGUCAGAGAGAGGAGCGGCGCGACGCAGACGUUGGGCAGUAAGAGCGAAGGGUCCUGAUCCGAGCCGCGCCGCGAGGUCAGAGGACGAAGGCUCCUUGAUGAACACGCAACCCUUGUCUAAGAGGCAGCUGAGUGAGUGACUGAGAGAGAGGGAGAGAGAGAGAGAGAGGGAGAGCGAUCCAAAGGUGGCAAAGCCGAAGGCACUCUGACAAGGGGAGCUGUCAGUCAAACGCCAAACCAGCGAGACAAGAUGAUUGGCAGGUAUUCCGUUUAUCGCAGUCCGAUUUAAAAAUAAAAUGAUGAUGAUAAUGAUGAUGAUAAAAGAAAAAAACCCAACCAGGCACAGGACUUUUUAUUUUGCACUUCGGAGUGUUUUUCCCCAAUCUUUAAAAAUAAUUAGUAACAAUAACAAUCGAAAUUUCACAGCCAGCCCCAUCCCACACCUGUUCAAAAACUUGAAUUGCAUGUAGCAGUUGUUGGGCGAAUGAUGUCUAAAGACAGAAAAUGAAUCGUAAUUUUCUUUUCCUUUUAAAGACAGGUUCUGUGUGUUUUUUUAUUUUGAUUUUUUUUCCAAGAAAUGUGCAGUCUGUAAACUUUUUGAUACCUUCUGACGUCAAAGUGAUUGUGAAAGCUAAAUGAAGUAGGCUCAGCGAUAGUGGUCCUCUUACAGAGAAUCGGGGAGCAGGAUGGGGGGCUGAGGGUGGCGGGGGAGGGAGCCCACAAGAGGAGUCAGGACUUGUGCUGGAAAAAAAAAAACCACCUAAAUUAAUUCUAUUUGUUGGACAUUCCCUUUCCUAACAUCCCAAGACUUAAAACCGCGAAGUAAACUUCUCCUUUAAGUGGUUGGAGAUAUUGGCUGAAUACAAUCAUUUGCCGUAAAGGCCAUUCCAAACUUUAAAUUUAUCUAUUGCAAAAACUGAAGGACUGUAGUUAGCGGGGAUGAUGUUAAGUGUGGCCAAGGACACUGCGGCAAGUUUUCAAGCACUGAGUUUCUAUUCCAAGAUCAUAGACUUACUAAAGAGAGUGACAAAUGCUUCCUUAAUGUCUUCUAUACCAGAAUGUAAAUAUUUUUGUGUUCUGUGUUAAUUUGUUAGAAUUCUAACACACUAUAUACUUCCAAGAAGUAUGUCAAUGUCAAUAUUUUGUCAAUAAAGAUUUAUCAAUAUGCCCUCA